AAAAAAACCAAUCACAAAAAUUCACAGUCCCUUCUUCCCACCACAAAUCUGUCAAAAGUCAAUACCGACCACCACCACCAUCGCAACAUUUCUUCCCCAAUCUGAAUUCUCUACUACAAAGCCAACAAAACCCAUAAACCCCAUUUCCUAAAACCCCUCAAAGAUCCAAUCUUUCCCACCAUCCCAAAAACCAUGUUCCCCCAAACCCAAAACCUCCAAGUCCCUUCCACCAGGACAAUGAUCUCCGCCGUGGCCUCCGCCGCCGCCACUGCCAUGCUCCUCCGAUCCCUCGCACGUGACUACCUCCCACAUGAGCUUCGAAACUACAUAUACCUCAAACUCCGCACUCUCUUCUCCUCACUCUCUUCCCAACUCACCCUUGUCAUCGAUGAGUUCGAUGGUCUUAACCACAACCACCUCUUCAAAGCUGCACAGCUUUAUCUUAAACCCACUCUCUCUCCCAACACUAAACGUUUCAGGGUCUCCAUGCCUGUCAAAGAGACCAAAAUCUCUGUCACCAUGGAAAGAAACGAAGAAAUAGUUGACACAUUCAAUGGUGCCCAACUGAAAUGGAAGUUGGUGUCGAAGCAAGUACAGUCAAAGUGGGUAACUGGACCUGACUCGGGUCCUUACAAUUCAGUUCUCAUGAACGAGGUUCGUUACAUGGAGUUAAGCUUCCACAAGAAACACAAAGACAUGGUGUUCCAAAACUACUUGCCCCAUGUGUUAGAAAAGUCUAAGGAAGUGAAAGAAGAGAGAAAGACAUUAAAGCUUUUCACUUUGGGUGGUGAUAGAAUGAGAGGGCAUAGAGUGGAGAGGUGGCAGUCUGUGAAUCUUGAUCAUCCUGCGACUUUUGAUACUUUGGCUACGGAUGUGAAUGUGAAGGAGAUGAUAAUGGAGGAUCUUGAGAGGUUUGUGAAGAGGAAAGAGUUUUACAGGAAAGUUGGGAAGGCUUGGAAACGUGGGUACUUGUUGUUUGGACCACCUGGUACUGGGAAAUCUAGUUUGAUUGCUGCUAUGGCGAAUUACCUUAAUUUUGAUAUCUAUGACUUGGAGUUGACUGAAGUUAGGCGUAAUUCUGACCUGAGGAACCUGUUGAUCUCGACAGCAAACCGGUCUAUACUUGUGGUGGAGGAUAUUGAUUGCUCUAUUGAAUUGCAGGAUAGGCUUGAAAAGGCCAGGGUUAUGAAUCCUUUUCCAUCUCAUUAUCAUCAACAACAGGGAACGCAGGUGACUUUGUCAGGGUUGCUUAAUUUCAUAGAUGGCUUAUGGUCAAGUUGUGGGGAUGAGCGGAUAAUAGUGUUCACAACCAAUCAUAAAGAUCGGCUGGACCCAGCUUUGUUGCGUCCUGGUCGUAUGGAUGUACACAUCCACAUGUCCUAUUGCACACCGUGUGGAUUCAAAAUGCUAGCAUCAAAUUACCAUGGAAUUACAGAGCACUCACUGUUCUCAGAUAUUGAGAUGUUAAUAGAGACAACAAAGGUAACUCCAGCAGAGGUAGCUGAGCAUUUACUGAAAAAUGAGGAACCUGAAAUUGCACUAAGAGGCUUAAUUGAGUUUCUUGAAGGGAAAAAGAGAGAAAGUGAUGAAACUAAAGCUAGUGAAGCAGAAGGUACAGAAGAGGUAGAGGGCAGAGGUGGAAAUGGGACAACGGAGGGUGAGAAAGGCAAACACAUAAUAAGGAUUCUGUGAUGUGUUGCAAUCGUAAUGAAGGUGCCAAAUAUUAAAAACAAAAAAGCUGCAUAGAUAAUGAGAUAAUUUGGUAUGUGCUUCUAUGUAUGUGUGUGUUGAUAGAGCCAUAUAUACAUUUUAAAAUAUAUAUGAUUGAGUUCAAGUUACAUUAACUUUAACUCUUUUCCA